AUGGCAUCCCUCAAAGCUAACAAACCUGUUGAGAAUUGUUCUUCCUCUGCAAGGCAGGUGAAGAACAAGACUUAUGCCAAACCUAGUUCAGGCACCUCCAAAGUCGUAGCCUCCAAACCAGCUCCAAAAAAACUCCAAGCCAGACUAAGACAGAGACAGAGAAGAGAGAAAUUGAAGCGAGAAAACGAAGUGAGAAACGAAGCGAGAAAUUGA